UCCUCGACCUCCUUUCUCCAAGCUCCCUCUCUUCUCUCCGCGAUUAAUAUUCCGUCCUUUCUCUCUUCGUUUCCUCCCCCCCUCCUUUCCUUCAGGUUAUCUGAAUAGCCUGGGCCAUUGUUGCUCAGAGCAUUCUUCUUUUCUUUUCUUUUCCUCUGCUCUCUUGGGCAACUAGGACCAUUGUGUUUUUUAAUCUCGUCAUUGAACCACCGCCACCAUGAGCUCCCUACGCUUCCUCGACCUCGUCAAGCCCUUCGUGCCGUUCCUCCCUGAGGUUCAGCAGCCGGAGACCAAGAUUCCCUUCAACCAAAAGUUGAUGUGGACGGCCUUGACUCUGCUUGUUUUCCUCGUUAUGAGCCAAAUGCCCCUCUAUGGCAUCGUCUCUUCCGACAACUCCGAUCCGCUCUACUGGCUGCGUAUGGUCAUGGCCAGUAAUCGCGGUACGCUCAUGGAGCUCGGUAUCACACCCAUCAUCUCGUCCGGUAUGGUCUUCCAGCUCCUUGCCGGCACUCACGUCAUCGACGUGAACCUUGACCUCAAGUCCGACCGCGAGCUCUACCAAACGGCCCAGAAGCUCCUGGCCUUCGUCCUCUCUGCCGGCACUGCCACCGUCUAUGUCUUCUCCGGUCAAUAUGGACCCCCCUCGGACCUCGGCGCCGGCAUCGUCUUCCUCCUCAUCCUCCAGCUCGUCGUGGCCGGCAUGAUCGUCAUCCUCUUGGACGAGCUCCUCCAGAAGGGCUAUGGCCUCGGCUCCGGCAUCUCGCUCUUCAUCGCCACCAACAUCUGCGAGUCCAUCAUGUGGAAGGCCUUCUCCCCGACCACCAUCAACACCGGCCGUGGCCCCGAGUUUGAGGGUGCCGUCAUUGCGCUCUUCCACCUGCUCCUGACCUGGAACAACAAGCAGCGUGCGCUCCACGAGGCCUUCUACCGCCAGAACCUCCCCAACAUCAUGAACCUGCUCGCCACCAUCACCGUCUUCGCCGCCGUCAUCUACCUGCAGGGCUUCCGCGUCGAGAUCCCCGUCAAGUCCUCCCGCCAGCGCGGCGCUCGCGGCUCGUACCCGGUCCGCCUGUUCUACACCUCGAACAUGCCCAUCAUGCUGCAGUCCGCCCUGUCGUCCAACGUCUUCCUCAUCAGCCAGAUGCUGUACUCCCGCUUCUCCGACAACCUCCUCGUCCGCCUCUUCGGUGUUUGGGAGGCCAAGGAGGGCACCUCGCAGCUCGCCGCCGUGUCCGGUCUCGCCUACUACAUGUCCCCGCCUCUGAACAUGAAGGACGCCCUGAUCGACCCCAUCCACACCCUCGUGUACAUCACCUACAUGCUCACCGCCUGCGCCGUCUUCUCCAAGACGUGGAUCGAGGUCUCCGGCUCCAGCCCCCGCGACGUCGCCAAGCAGCUCAAGGACCAGGGUCUCGUCAUGGCUGGACAUCGUGACCAGAGCAUGUACAAGGAGCUCAAGCGCGUCAUUCCUACGGCUGCCGCCUUUGGUGGUGCCUGCAUUGGUGCUCUCUCUGUCGCCAGCGACCUGAUGGGUGCUCUGGGCUCGGGCACUGGUACUCUUCUUGCCGUCACCAUCAUCUACGGUUACUUCGAGAUUGCAGCCAAGGAGGGCGAUCUGGCCAGCAUGAAGGGUCUGGUCAUGGGCUAAAAUCGUCUUUUUUUGAGAUGAUUCAAGCCCGGGGUUUCCGAUAACGACCUGUCGUCUCAGCUUCUGAGGGAGCGUUUUCUUCCUUUGUCCCAUCGCGAAGCUCUGGUCGGCCGCUACAGAUCAUAUAUUUGUUUAGGGUCCCUGCCAGCAGCCCUCCCGCCGUGUAUCAUGUAGGAAAGAGAAAAGUACCUGAUUAUACCAAGGUGAAGGUCUCGUCUCAUUAUUAUUAUUAUUUAUAUUCCGUUUCUUCGCCUCGGGCAGGAAGGAAAUACGGGAGUUGGAGCGGGCGUCGGCUGUUCGCAUGGGAGGUGGACUACUACUCCGUUACGCUAUCCGGGUGGGCGAGGGUAAGGAAAAGCCUCCCGGUUGGGGACUGUCUCAUCGGCUGUGUAGUCAUUUGAGAGAAUACAAGUCCAUGAAAUUGCUAUUAUGGCAGGGG